AUGAACGAAUCCCCUUCCGCGCCCGGGACGAAACCCUCGGGUCCCUCACUCUUGGCCUGUCUCUUGUGCCGCCAUAAGCAUCUCAAAUGCGAUGGAAAGACCCCAAUCUGCAGCCGAUGUGCCCUCACAGGAUCCGAGUGCAACUACACAAAGUCACGUAGAGGCUACAAAGGCCCGUCUAAGAAGCGGCGCGCAGAACCGGCCUCCCCGGACCAGUUGCCUCUUGAUCCCGCCGUGGGUCUGGUCGUCGUCCCCGUGGAUUGGAAUCUACACGGCGGCUUCCACUAUACGCCGACCAUGCCUCUAUCGUCCUCCGGGUCUGCAAGUCCCAGAUUGAACGAGAUGCCCUUGACAAUGACGCCCUCGCGACCAACUACCGGUCCGCUAACCCCGGAAUCUGCAUCGUCAAUCGGUGGGGACGGGUAUUUGCUCGAUAUCUAUUACACGUACUUCCACUCGGCCCAUCCAAUUCUACCGCCACUGCGAUUUCUCUAUCGCGCUCAUUUCCCGCAUUAUUUGGAGCAGGUGAUGAAAUUUAUCGCCGCUCACUUCACGCCCGCCGCUUCCAGUGAAACAUAUCGACCCAUGGUGGUCGCGGCGGUUCGCGACCAAGCCCCCUCAGUUGAGAAGGUGCAAGCACUGCUCCUGCUAGCUAUCGUGUUACAUUCGCGCAAUGAGCGUAGCGAAGCGGGUGAGUGCCUGGCUAGUGCUGUGGACUUGGCAUUCGACCUCGGUAUGCACGAGGCGACCUAUGCCGAGACCGCCAGCGACCUCGACCCUAUUCGUGCUGAAUGCUUGCGUCGGACCUGGUGGGAACUCUUUGUUAUCGAGGGACUUUUGACAGCUCUGGGAGUGCAACGCAUUUACCGCACGAAUCUGGUUCCACCUAUAGUGCCUCUUCCUUGUGAAGAGCGCAUCUACCAGGAUGGUUUGACCCCUCCGGUACCACCUACUAUUAUGCAAUUCGAUCAGCGUGUAUUUGCCGACGAGGAGCGCGACUUUUCCUCGUACACUUAUCGAAUUGAGGCCGUGCGCAUUCUUGGUCGUGUGGUCGCCACCCAGGAGAUGGUAGAGGGUCAGCAAGACCAUGUUGAAGCGAUUGACGCGCGCAUUGCUAGCUGGUUCCAUCACCUUCCAGAGUCCAAGGCGGAACUGCUGCGACCGGACGGCUCAGUCGACGAGAUCAUGUUCCAGGCGACUAUGAUCGUGAACGGUGCUUCCAUCUAUCUGAACUUCCCCCGAUCCGAUCUUCUGUCAUCGCCUGCCGUCGCCUCAGAGGUCAUCUGUGGUCACCACGGUCCCAUAAGCGUGCCGGCAUUUUCACAUCAUGCCCAUGCCAUGAAGGCUGUCAAGGCAGCCAGUGAGCUGUCUUCGUUGGCUGCCAUUCGUUUGCCAGUGGAGAGACACACCCCUUUCUUCAUUUGCGCCCUCACUUUGAGCUCAAUCGUGCAGUUGGCCGCUUGCUCCGUCAAAGCAGGCUCUAUGCCCGACCCUAGUCGUGAGCGCAUCGGUCUCACCAUCGGAGUCUUCAAAUCCCUGGGCCGUACCUGGGCCAUAUCGCAGUCCAUUAUGCGACAGAUCAAAGCCGUAUCUCGGGAUGUGUUGGACAUGGGUGUUCGACCGAGUAUGGACCCGCUUGAUCUGACCUUCUGGGUUCAGGAAGGCGGCAGCUGA